AAUAUUCGCUCGGGCAACUCAGGCAAGCAGCAGCUGUGAAGCGAACGAACACGCAGCCGUUUUCCUUGGGAUUGCAAUUGUUUGGAGUCGUUGUGAAGUCUCAUUGUUAUAUUGUUCGCCGAGUGGAUUGGACCAAACUUCCAUUUUUCAGCGUUUAUUGCUGCUGAGAAUCAUAAUUUAUCUGAGCUGAGCAGUAUUAGCGUUCGAAGUGUGUGAAUCAUAAAUAUCCCGUGGCAAUAUGUUUACCAAAAAUCGUCGUUCGUUGUUGUGACGAGAAAUGCCCGUGAAUACGUGGACGAGAUUUCCGCAGUGUUAUGUCAAUAGAAUCUCUUGUAGAUAGUGGUUUUAGUUUGCUAGAAGUAGGAAGGUUUACAGACAAUGUCUAGUACAGUGCCAACGAGUUCAGCUCUAAGGGCUUUGGCCCUAGAGUACAAAAGUCUACAAGAGGAGCCCGUAGAAGGGUUUCGAGUGAAACUGUUGGGAGAGGACAAUUUAUUUGAGUGGGAAGUUGCAAUAUUUGGACCUCCAGACACGCUCUAUCAAGGAGGAUAUUUCAAGGCACAUAUGAAAUUUCCUCCAGACUACCCAUAUUCACCACCAUCCAUUAGGUUUUUAACAAAAGUAUGGCAUCCAAAUGUAUAUGAGAAUGGUGAUCUCUGCAUAUCUAUCCUGCAUCCUCCAGUAGACGAUCCUCAAUCCGGCGAGCUGCCCUGCGAGCGCUGGAACCCGACGCAGUCAGUUCGCACAGUUCUUCUCUCGGUUAUCUCCCUUCUCAACGAACCGAAUACCUUUAGCCCGGCGAAUGUGGACGCCAGUGUCAUGUACCGCCGUUGGCGCGACUCCAAGGGCAAGGACAAGGAGUACGAGAAUAUUAUCAGGAAACAAGCGCAAGUGGCGCGUAUGGAGGCGGAGAAGGAAGGCAUAGUAGUACCCCUAACAUUAGAAGACUAUUGUAUUAAGACACAAGUCAAGUCGCAGACGCAAGAACCACAAUUGGACAUGACGGAUUUCUACGACGACGACUACGACGACCUCGAUUCGGACUCGGAUGAGGAGCUCGACGGCGGCGAAGGCGACGGCGACGACAGCGGCAACGGCGAGUCGUGAGGCCCGCUCCUCCCCAGCGCCCCGCGUUGUACCCCCGCGGACAUCCCCGCGCGAGCAAUCUCCCGCAAUCGCGUACGGACCUACCGAUCUCUUUGAUACUUAGAAACUUCUCUUAUUCUAGCAUUCUCUUUAGGCGCUACGCAAACGACCUUCUCUUUCAUACGCCGAGGUUUCCAAAACUAUACUGUACGAAUACGGCUGGUACGUGAUUUUGUGAAAAGAUGUAGUCUGUGACGUGUCGCGGCGCGCUAGUAAGAAUGUCGUCUACGUAAUGCCUACCAAACCUGAACUCAUUUCUUUUAGCCUCCCUUUUUGCUUAACGAAUUAGUUAU